AGCUCAAUAUUUGAUAUCGAUAUAAAACAAAAUAAAGGCAAAUUUGAUGUUACUGUGGAUUGAAUAUUCACUUUAUAUUUCAAAAAUAUGAAAACAUCGUCCGUAAUGUUUUCAAAGCAACUUAACAUUUUUUUCAUUAUAAUGUUUGUUUCCAAUGUUCAAAGCCUCGAAAUCGAUACAGAUCUCUUCGGCACCGUAAACAAUCCAACAUGGCGAAGAAAGCCGGUGCCUCCGUAAAAACAGCGUUAAAUACCCCUUCUGGGGUAUCAACGCUUCUAACUUUUGCAAUAUUAGCGUUAGCAUGCGUGGCUGGUUUUUCAAGCCGGCUGUUUGCGGUUAUUCGCUUUGAGAGUAUCAUCCACGAGUUUGAUCCAUGGUUCAACUACCGCUCCACAGCAUACAUGGUGAAGCAUGGAUUCUACAACUUCCUCAACUGGUUCGACGAGCGCGCCUGGUACCCGCUGGGCCGGAUUGUGGGCGGCACUGUCUACCCCGGGCUGAUGCUGACCUCAGGUCUGAUCCACCAUGUACUUGACCUGCUCAACAUCCCUGUCCACAUCAGGGACAUCUGCGUCUUCCUGGCGCCCAUCUUCAGCGGUCUGACGGCGAUCGCCACGUUUCUGCUGACGCGCGAGCUGUGGUCGACCGGCGCCGGUCUGUUCGCUGCCUGCUUCAUCGCCAUCGUGCCCGGAUACAUCAGUCGAUCGGUGGCCGGCAGCUAUGACAACGAGGGCAUCGCCAUCUUCGCGCUCAUGUUCACCUACUUCCUCUGGGUGCGCUCCGUGAAGACGGGCUCGGUGUACUGGGCCUCACUGACUGCGCUCAGCUACUUCUACAUGGUGUCAGCCUGGGGCGGCUACGUGUUCAUCAUCAACCUGAUCCCGCUGCACGUCUUCGCGCUGAUGCUGAUGGGUCGGUACUCGACGCGCCUCUACACGGCCUACACGACCUUCUUCAUCCUGGGUCUGCUCUGCUCCAUGCAGAUUCCGUUUGUCGGCUUCCAACCGAUCCGGACCAGCGAGCACAUGGCUUCGGCCGGUGUGUUCGCGCUCAUCAACGCGUUCGCGCUGCUCAAGUACCUGCAGCCGUUCGUGAGCAGGGCGCAGCUGCGGCACUUUUUCCUGGUGGCGGCCGCCGGCUCGGCGGCUCUGGUGUUCCUUGCCGUGGUAGGCCUGACGUACGCCGGAGUCAUCGCGCCCUGGAGCGGCCGGUUCUACUCGCUCUGGGACACAGGCUACGCCAAGAUCCACAUCCCGAUCAUCGCCUCCGUGUCGGAGCACCAGCCGACCACCUGGUUCAGCUUCUUCUUCGACCUGCACAUUCUGGUGCUCACCUACCCGGUGGGACUGUGGUACUGCAUCAAAAACAUCAACGACGAACGCGUCUUCAUCGUGCUGUACGCCGUCUCUGCCGUCUACUUCGCCGGCGUCAUGGUGCGCCUGAUGCUGACGCUGACGCCGGUCGUGUGCGUCCUCUCUGCCAUCGCGUUCAGCCAGUUCUUCAGUCUGUACCUGCGAGAGGAGAGGGACGGCUCAUCAGGGGACAGUGAUGAUGAUGACCCGGCCAACGGCAACAAACAGCUCUACGAUAAGGCCGGGAAGCUGCGCAAGAUGCGUCACGAGCGUCAGUCAGCCGAGUCGGACGGCCUGGGCAUGAACGUGCGGACCCUCAGCCUGGUGGCCGUCAUCAUGAUGCUGAUGAUGUUCGCCGUGCACUGCACCUGGGUCACCAGCAACGCCUACAGCAGCCCCAGCAUCGUGCUGGCCUCCUACAGCGGCGGGGAGCGGAACAUCCUGGACGAUUUCCGCGAGGGCUACUACUGGCUGUGGCAGAACACGCCCGAGGACGCCCGCGUUAUGUCCUGGUGGGACUACGGCUACCAGAUAGCGGGCAUGGCCAACCGCACCACGCUGGUUGACAACAACACGUGGAACAACAGUCACAUCGCACUGGUGGGCAAGGCCAUGUCGUCCAACGAGAGUGCCGCCUACGAGAUUAUGACUGCGCUGGACGUGGACUACGUGCUGGUCAUCUUCGGCGGAGUGAUCGGCUACUCGGGUGACGACAUCAACAAGUUCCUGUGGAUGGUGCGUAUCGCCGAGGGCGAGCACCCGCAGGAUAUCAAGGAGAGCGACUUCUUCACCGAGCGCGGCGAGUUCCGCGUCGACUCUGGCGGAUCGCGGACGCUGCUCAACUGUCUCAUGUACAAACUGUCCUACUACAGAUUCGGAGAGAUGAAGACCGACUACCGCGUGCCGGCCGGCUACGAUCGCACCAGGAACGCCGAGAUCGGCAACAAGAACAUCGCGCUCACCUACCUGGAGGAGGCCUACACCACCGAGCACUGGCUGGUGCGGAUAUACAGGGUGAAGAAGCCUGACGAGUUUAACCGUCCGAGUAUACCAAAGAGGGAGAGGCGCAUCAAGCGCGGCAAGGUGACGCUCUCCAAGAAGACGGCAAAGAGGCGCCGCGGGUCGCUGAAGGACCAGCCCGUGGUCGUCAAGGGCCGGAAGCCAGCCGCCAGGGCAUAGGUGGCGCUGCAGUCGCCAUGAUAGGUGGCGCCACAGUCAUAGGUGACGCUCCUGCGGUGAGCGCCGUCCGAGUCCUGCCGGUAGAAACUUUCAAGACGAUAAAAGAGGAAUGUCAUUCGUUCGGUUCAGCUGUCCUGGUCAGUCUCUGUAUCAAAUUACGUAACAUGUGAUGCCGCUGUGUAUCGAGUGUAGCUUAGGUGGACGACGCUAUAUCAGGGUGAGACUGUGGCUCGCUGGCAGUCUCUAGUUUUGUUUAUUUGUGUGAUCACUAAGCACUGUGCUGAACGUAAACCAUCUACCACAACACUAUUUGCAUAUGGUCGCCAGACUGCGCCGGCGUUGUGCCAUGCACGGUCGGCUCGGAUCGGGUUCCCUGUGGGGUAUCAGGCUGGCGCCACUUGGCCCCCUGUCCAGUGAUGAUACCCGGGCCUCCUUGGUCUGCCUCCUGAGAGCUGACGGCUCGGCACCUCUGGCCUGCGUCGGUCGGCGACAGACGCUGUUCCCCGGCGCUGCAGGGACCAGGAGGCCGCCGUGAUCAGUGUGUGGCCCGAUACGGGGUCUCACCCAAGCGGCCACUGCAGGAAGGCACGGGCGCACGGUUGUGAGGGACAGUGACGGACGGUAGACGGCGGUGGCGGCGACUGAUUCGGCCCCGCUGACGGACGGGGGUGAUCGGGAGUCACAACGGGCGCACGGCGCGCCAAUUCCACGCGGGGUCCGGCGCGCGCGCGCGCUGCGUGCCCCCCGGCACUGAGUGAUGCCUUAUUUUGUGGUAAACGUUCCGGGUGCGUCGGCCGAAAGUGCGCCGUUUGCUGUUGGGUUCUGCGCGAUUGGGGAGCAGGCACGUGGCUGGAUCCCGGUCCCGGGUCCCGGGCGGGAGGUGCAGUAGGCCGGUGGUGGGUGUCCGGAUCCCGGGUCCUCGCUGGACCAGGGCACGUGUCCGACUGUGGUUUCUUUUGUCACGAAAAGUGCAACUGCCUGCAAUCUGCGUGCGUGCGUGGGUGGGGAUCGUGUGGGAUCGUGCUCUUGUUGGUGUUAAAUACAUUUUAUUAAAUACCA